UUGUCCCCUUCGCUGCUCCGUAGUGAGGAGAUUGUUGUGGUGUUGCAGAAAUCCGGGCUUGGAAUUGUAAACGUGCGUGCCGCUUGGCUCCCCGGGACCUUUGGUGCCGCUCCUGAGGGUGGGGGCGAGUCCACGCGGUUUAGUCAUUGCUGGAGCUCAUCGCGCGGGUAUCGAGGAGCGGUCGCUUAGGGAACCUCAGUGAUUUUUAGCUCUACUGGACUCGAUUUGGGAGCUGGUUGCUUCCCCCUUUCACUCUGUGUGGUCCGAGACUGUGCGUUUGAGAAAGCGGCCUGGGGUCACGUAUUAACCCCCAGAGCGGACUCCUGGUACCAGAGUGAGGCCCGAGGUGCUUUGCGGCGUGGGGGAGACCAAGUCAGGCAGGCAGGAGACCGGGCGGUAGGAUCGCACUCUGGGGAGCUCUGUUUCUGUCCCUUUCUGCUCCAGGAGCUCCUCCUAAAGAAUUUCUGCUCAGCUAUGUCGCCGGUUUCAGCAGCAACCCAGGUUCCUACGUUGGUCUCCCUCUUUGACCUCAACGCGGAUGCUCCGAUCCUUCAGGGCCUCAGCCUGGUGAGCCACCCUUCUGGGGAGGCUCUGGCCCAGGCUCUGCGGACUUCCUGUCCAGGUUCAGGGGAGACAGCAAGCCCAGAAAGAAAACCACUCCAGGGUCCGCUGGAUAUUUCAGACAAGUUAUUUUGUUCCACUUGUGACCAGAACUUCCACAACCACCAGGAGCAGAGGGAACAUUAUAAGCUUGACUGGCAUCGGUUUAACCUAAAGCAACGUCUCAAGGACAAGCCUCUCCUGUCUGCCCUGGAUUUUGAAAAGCAGAGUUCCACAGGAGAUCUUUCCAGCAUCUCAGGAUCAGAGGACUCAGACUCAGCCAGUGAGGAGGACUUGCAGAUACCAGAUGAGGAGAGGGCUGAGUUUGAGAAGCCCAGCAGACCCCAAGGCUUCCACCCCCAUCGGGUUCUUUUCCAAAACGCUCGGGGCCAGUUUCUUUAUGCCUAUCGCUGUGUGCUGGGCCCUCACCAGGUGCCCCCAGAAGAACCUGAACUGCUGCUACACAACCUGCAAAACGGAGGUCCCAGACACUCUGUGGUGCUCAUGGCUGCAGCUGGGCACUUUGCUGGAGCCAUUUUCCAAGGUGGGGAGCUUGAUGCCUGCCUCCUCCCAGUCUUCAUUAUUUCUGGAAAGGCGAAGGAUGUUCGUGACCUGCUGGCAGGGCCAGUCUGGGCUAAAGCGCUGGGGGAGGCUGGGACAGUACUGCUGCGUGCUCCCCGCUCUGGCCGGUCCCUGUUCUUCGGAGGCCAUGGGGCACCCCUGCAACGGGGGGAUCCCCGACUUUGGGAUAUCCCCCUCGCUACCCGCAGACCCACCUUCCGAGAGCUACAGCGUGUGCUCCAUAAGCUGACCACCUUGCAUGUCCAUGGAGAAGACCCCCGGGAGACAGUCAGGUUGGAGUCACCUCAGACACACUGGAAGACGAGAGGGGGGAAGAAGGCUAUCGAGGCAGAAAGAAAGGUCUCCAGUGAUGAAAAUGAGGCCCUUGGGCAGAAUGAGGAAUCUCCCAAACAGGGUUCAGAGUCGGAGGGAGAGGACAGCUUCCAGGUAGAGUUGGAGCUAGUAGAGUUGACAGUGGGGACCCUGGAUCUUCGUGAGUUUGAGGUACUGCCAAAGCGGAGGAGGAGGAAAAGGAAUAAGAAGGAGAGAAGCAGAGACCUGGAGGCCAGGGCGCAUGGGACUCUUCCCCAGCAACCUCAAGGAGAUGAUGAGGCCUUCUCACAGUCCGCCCAGGCACACGCAGCCCCUUUGGGGCCUUCCCUGGAUGAGGCCAAGACCCCCGAUCAGUCAGAGCUCUGGGACAUGCUUCUAGCUGCUUGUCGAGCCGGAGAUGUUGGGAUGUUGAAACUCCAGCUAGCUGCCGGCCCCAUAGGCCCUGGAGUUCUGUCUCUGCUCAGUGCCCCCUUGGGCUCCAGUGGCUUCACCCUCCUGCAUGCAGCAGCUGCAGCUGGGAGAGGCUCAGUGGUUCGCCUGCUGCUGGAGGCAGGUGCCGACCCUACCGUGCAGGACUCCCGGGCCCGGCCACCAUAUACGGUUGCAGCUGACAAGCCAACGCGUAAUGAGUUCCGAAGGUUCAUGGAGAAGAAUCCAGAUGCUUACGAUUACAGCAAGGCUCAGGUGCCAGGGCCGCUGACGCCAGAAAUGGAGGCACGGCAGGCUAUGCGGAAAAGGGAGCAGAAGGCUGCCCGGCGGCAGCGGGAGGAACGGCAGCGGAAGCAGUGGGAGCAGGAGGAGAAGGAGCAGCAAGAGCAGCAGCGCUUUGCCGCCCUCAGCGACCGAGAGAAGAGGGCUCUGGCCGCAGAGCGCCGGCUGGCUGCGCAGCUGGGAGCCCCACCCCCGCAGACCCCCAGCUCUGCAGCCCUCAGUGGUCCACGCUGCUGGAGCUGUGGGACAUCCCUCCAAGGCCUCACUCCCUUUCACUAUCUUGACUUCUCUUUCUGCUCCACACGCUGCCUCCGGGAUCACCGCUGCCAGGCCACCAAGCCCUCUUCCUGAUCUCUUACGGCUGCACCUGGAGCCAACUCGGCCUGGAGAGGGUGCAUUCACACUAGCCCUAGGUUUCUUCUUUCCCAUGAAACAGGAGUAUUUGGAAGAUUAGGGAGGACACUCAGGAACCAGGGCAAAGACAGGGCCACAGAGGGGUGCGGAGCUGGGACUGUCUCUGGAACUUUAAUCACAAUAAAGUUUGGCAAGGAAAUUGCA